GCUGCUCCUUCACCUGUCCACCCACAAACCAUACAUACCCAUAAUGUCGCUUGCAAGAGCAGGAAGAUUUGCCUGCCUUCGUGCCGGCAGGCUCACCGCACCUGUCAAUGCCCGUUUCGUAUCCACCGCCGACGGCUCCGUCAACACCAGCCCUGCUGAUGCCCCGACCAUCCCUCACAAAGACAGCACAUUGAUCCGCAAGGAGAGCCCUUCCCAGGCAAUGGCUCGUCAUCAGCCUGAUUACGAGGCUACCAUUGACCACGCCACUUCGAACUUCUCCCCCGUGCCCAAGCGCGUUAUGGAUGGUAGCGAGCCCGGUGAUACCGUCGCUGCUGCUGUCCUGUCUGGCGCUCCCACCGAUCUGCAGGCUCGUACCGUUCGCAUUUACCGCCCCACGAAGCCCGCUACUCAGUCAGGAACCUGGCACGGCCACCACUGGAGAAUGGAUUGGGAUAUCUUGCAGAAGGGUCAUCGGUGGGAGAACCCAUUGAUGGGCUGGCAAUCCUCCGCCGACUGCAUGCAGGGUACCAACCUCAAGUUCAAGACCAAGGAGGACGCCAUCCUGUUCGCCCAGAAGCAAGGCUACGAGUACUUCGUCCAGGAGCCCAAUGAGCGCCGGUUUGUUCCUAAGUCUUACGCCAACAACUUCCUCCACGAGCCCAAGAAGCUCAAGCAUAUCAAGACCAAAUAAAUCGAGUUUUCCGCCGUGUCUCGUGUACAUAAGUACAGGCUUUUGUUCUAGUUCUGAAUUAUGCUUGGAGAUCGAUUACAAUGUUCAACACUUCAAUCUUCUACACAUUCAAGGCCCCGGCUUGUGUCCGACACUUUUCAGGUCCCCACGUCACAGAGAGAGAUCAUAUAAGGCGGGGAUUGAUAUCCCCUAAACUCAUAGAACAGGCUCGGGGUGGGGCGUUUAGACGGAUCCCUGAUGAUACAUCAGCGGUGAAGGGUCAAGCAACACACUGAUAUGGAUUUUUCCGAGCCAGAUGAGCAUUGUGAUUGAGGAAAUGAGCCCUAUAAUAUGCUAGUAUAUGUUAUUCUUGAAUCGCAGUCAUUGUUUCUGAC